AUGGAACCUAUCUACGGGACUGGCAUGCAUCCACCACACCAAACGCACCCGACACCGAGGACUACACACCCACAGCUGCAGCCUCUGAUCAUGCCACAGAUGCCGCAAUGGCCGAGCAUGCUGACCAGCCAAUCGACCUAUCGAGCUUCACUGUUUCCUUCAGCCCCACCACCGAUAACGCCGGCAUCAGCGACUCUAGUCUCAGCGAGCUCAACUCACUCCCCUAAUUCGUCGAAACCACGGAAAACCCUCACCAACUCGGAACGCAGACGCAUGUGCCAAUACCACGAAGAGAACCCUACAGUCAACCAAACGGAAAUUGGAGCCAUGUUCGGCGUAGAGCGAAGCACCGUUUCCAAGGUAUUGCGCCAGAAGGAGAAGUACUUGUACCAGGACGACGGCAGCCGAUCACCCAUAAAAAGGUCGAAAGGCAAGUUUCCUGAUAUCAAACGUACGUUGUCAAACUGGGCAAGAAAUCACCAGAGACAGGGACUGCCACUGUCAGAUGCCAUUAUCCGAGAGAAGGCACGCUUCUUUGCCCAGACCGUUGGCAACUCGAAGACUCAUCCCCAAGUAAACAGCUCGUGCUGGCUAGAAAUGUUCAAGCAAAAGAACCAUCUCAUGGGAGCAAGGGCAAGAAAGGGCUCGAUAGCGGAAGAGUCGGAGGGGGCUACCAACCCGCCAUCGAACGUGCACACGCCAGGAGCCAUCUCGGAUCCCUCGCCUGGCCGGGUAUCGCCUGCAACCACGACCAUGAAAGCGAAGAAAAGUCAGGAAAACCCCAAAACAGAAAGCCCAGACACGUACGAGUCCUCGAACCAUCGUCGGCUAUCCCAUUCGCAAAGCAGCACUUCUUUGUCGAGCGUGUUCACCGAUACAGCCAUGAGCCCUACAUCGCUUUCGUCGCCUUUCCUCACGCCCGAUUUAGCAUGCGGACCAAGCCCGUUCAUAGGAAACCGCCAGCCGGUGAGUGGACAGCCAGGCAGCAACAACUUCCAGCGGCCGCGAAGUCAGACCUUCCCUAUGCUUGAGGGUGUCGAGCAGUAUAUGUCGCAACCAGGCUCAUCUGAUGCGCUGACUCCAAAGUACGUCAGUAGCGGUGCACUCAGUUCCCCUACGACCGAGAUGCCUGGCACGCUGCCAGCCAUUAAUGAGGAAAUGCCACUCUCCUCAACUCAAGACCCCAAAUCGAUGCAACCCCCUCCUCUACCGAGUUCCAGCCAGAUUGGUGGCAAGGGGUCAUCCGCCGUUUCCUCACCCAUCGCACCAUCCCAAGAAGAAGCUGCACGCGCAUUAGAGCUCGUUUCGAAUUUCCUUCAGUCACAAAACGCCGGUUUUGUUGUGGAGCCGCACGAGUAUGUUACCAUCGGCAAGCUGAUGGAGAAGCUACGAAUCAAGCGCAGAUCUGAGUGUCUUUCUUCCGCCAUGCGACGUGUGUCAGAGCCCACUCUCACUAUGACUAAGCUCGAGAGUGUUGAUGCAGUCCAUUAG